UUUAAUAGAUAAGCAACGUUCGGUUCGGUCCGAUCUAACUUUUCCAUUGUCGAAUCGGGAAACGGUUCAUGGGCAGGCAUUAAUUGUGAAAGAAGAGAAAAGUACGCGUUACUGUAUUAUUCAUUCAGGACGGAAGAAAUUGCCUGACUGGCUCCGUAUCCUUAACCGCUGCUAAAAAACACCACUUUCUCAAGACUUCCCUCACUCUCAGAUUCUCUUUUCUUUCUCUUCUCUAAACCAUGGAAAAACAAGAACAAAAGCACACACAAGAACCUGAACACAAAGUAGAACAAGGACCUGAACACAGAGAAGAACAAGAACAAGUACACAAGGAAGAACAAGACCAAUCAAAUGAACAUGAAAUACUGCACACAAAUCCAAACCCAGACCCACCACCAAAACUCAACUCUCCGCCGCGUGAGCCAGAACUACGACAACUUUCUCCGCCGCGUCUACCCUAUCACAACUCCACACCAAAAUCACCGCCCUUAGGUAAAGAUGAUGAUGAAGAAGAGGAAGACAGAAAGCCUCCGUCAAUACUACCUCUUCCUCCUGCUGUUGCGACGGCGGCGGUUGAGACCAGGGUGGAACCCACACCCCAAGAAGUCCAAGAUGAAGAAAGUGGGCUUGGUGGUGGUGUUGAUGGGCGUGGACGCGACGAUGGUUUUGUUAAUACUGGGAGUAGGAGGAAAUUUUUGAAGAACAAGAUGUCGAUCUUGAAGAAAGCGAAGAGGGAUAAUAUGAUGAACAGAGCUUUGAUUGUUUCUAGGAUUUCUGGGUUUGUUUUCAGUUUGGUUUCUUUCUCUGUUUUGGCCGCUGAUAAAGAUCGUGGUUGGGCUAUUGAUUCUUUCUACCGUUACAAAGAGUUCAGGUACUGUUUGGCUGUCAACGUGAUAGCCUUUGUAUAUUCUGGGUUUCAGGCUUACGAUCUAAUCUAUAAAUUAACCUCCGGAAAAAACAAAGAGAAGCAACCCGUCCGCCACUAUAUGGAUUUUUCUUUAGAUCAGGUGAUUACUUAUCUUCUCAUAUCUGCAUCAUCUUCAGCUGCUGUGCGAGUAGAUGACUGGGAAUCCAACUGGGGCAAAGACCCCUUCCCAGAUAUGGCAAGGGCGUCUGUGGCAUUAUCUUUCGUUGCUUUCGUAGCCUUAGCUUUAAGCUCUCUCAUAUCUGGUUAUAAAGUUUAUACUCUCAAGUCUUUAUAGUCGUAAAGCUGCCUCAGUCACCCACAUAUCAGUCAUAUUGCACAACUUAAAUAAAUGAAAAAUGAAGAUGAAAAAAAGUUGGAAACCCCAA